CAGCUAGCCAUUGCACACGUAGCGCAAGGAACCAAGACCGCCAUGGCCACCCCUCCUGCUGCAACCCUCUUCUUUUCUCCGGCGAUGACGCCGGCCCCUCGGAAGCCAUUGCUCCUCCUCUCCCUCUCACUCCCCGUCCUGCUCCUGCUCUUCUCCCUCGUCUUCCUCCUGUCGCACACCACCUUCAGCCUCCUCCUCUGCCCCCUCCUCCCGCAGUCGCCUUCGAGGUCAGCAAAUGCCACGACCACCACUUCUCCUCCCAGUGCUGCUGCUACUAGCCUCGAUGCCUCCAUGGACAAGACCCUGCGAGCAUUCCAUUUAUCCUCAUCGCCGCCAUCGCCUCCUCCUCUGGUGGUCGUCAAGACGACGAACAGCAAGAAGGCGUCCACGAAGAAGCGGAACAAGAGCCUAGUGAAGCUCCUGCUGAGGCAGACGCCCCGGACGCGCCGGUUCGCGUCGCGCGCGGCCGAGCUCUUCGCUCCGCAGCCACCGGCGCGCCCGUGCGCGCGCCGGUUCUUCAUGACGUGGCUCUCCCCGCUGGAGCAGUUUGGCAGCCGGGAGCCCCUCGUCCUGGAGACCCUCUUCCGGUGGCACCCGGACGCCUGCGUCCUCAUCGCCUCGGACACCAUGGACUCCCCCGACGGCGCCACCAAGCUCAGCCCGUUCGCCGACCGCGGCUUCCGCGUGGCCGCGCUCUCCCCUGACCUGGCGCACCUCCUGGCCGGCACCCCCGCCGAGCCCUGGCUCGCCUCGGUGCGCCGCGGGGAAGUCAGCCCCGGCAGCGUGCCCCUGGGCCAGAACCUCUCCAACCUCCUCCGCCUGGCUCUUCUCUACAAGUACGGCGGCGUGUACCUCGACGCCGACGUCGUCGUGCUCAGGCCUUUCAUGGAGCUCGGCGCCCGGAACGCCAUCGGCGCGCAGGCCGUGGACGCGGCCACGGGGGAGUGGACGCGGCUCAACAACGCCGUCAUGGUGUUCGACCGCCCGGGCCACCCGCUGCUCCGCGAGUUCAUCGCCGAGUUCGCCGCCACGUUCGACGGCAGCAAAUGGGGCCACAACGGGCCGUACCUGGUGUCGAGGGUGGUGGCGAGGCUCCGGGGACGGAUGAUGCCGUGGCUCGGCGUCACGGUGCUGCCGCCCCGGGCGUUCUACCCCGUGGACUGGAACAGGAUCGGCGGGCUCUUCGUUUCGCCCAAGGACAGGAAGGGCGAGAAGUGGGUGAAAGCCAAGGUGGAUAGCAUCAAAGGCAAGAGCUUUGGCAUCCAUCUGUGGAACAGGGAGAGCAGGGGGAUGGAGGUGGAGGAGGGGAGCGUGAUCGGAAGAUUGAUUGCGGACAGCUGCUUGUUCUGCAAUUCCUCCAUGCAAGGGUACCUCAAGGGGAAAAGUGUGUCCUGAAUCAACAUGAUUUCAUACUCCGGUGCUUGAGAAGUGCCUCGGCCGUUCAAGAUGGGUGCAUGUGCAUCCAACGGUACCAGAGUACCAGAGUGCUCCUGGUACAGCUUCCCCAUCCCGAUCAAAGAAACGAAGGUACGAUAACUUUUUGGCGCCUGGCCGGAAACACUCACCUUGGGACCCUGAAUUGGGAGCCACCGUGAGAGGUUCCCUCCCUCUAUUUUUCUGGUUUUUCUUCCUUGUUUUGCACCUUCGGGUGUUGUAAUUAAACUCCUGCUAUAAUAUGAAAAGCCAGCAAUUGCUGGAUCUUUGAGAAAAAAAGAGAGGCUGUAUCGUUGAAGUUCCUCGACCAUUCAAGAUGGCUUCGUUUGGUUCGGAUUGAACCAAUUCAAUACGAACCAGGAGAACAUGGAAACCACACCACUUGCUCUAUAUCACUAGCAUAUUCCUUUUUCUUUUUGAAAAAAUGGUACACUUGUAAUGAGUUAUCAUCAAAUUAUAUAAUGAAUUCUUCAUCAACUA